UUGUCAGUGAAGACUGACUGUCAGCCGAGUGAGCAUUGAAAAGAGCGACACACUCUGUAUCUCUCUUUCUUUCACAGUACAGCACCGAAUGAGUGAUAUAGAGAGAGAAAAAAAAAAAGGAAAAGUAAGUAAUCAAAUCAACAUUCACGCUCUCUGACUCCGAUCCAAUCUCUUCAUCAUAAUACUCGACUUCAGUCAAAUCGGUCUGAUCGCUAUUUUCGGUGAAAUUCAUUUGAAUUUCGAAGUUACAAGCUGGCGGACAUGCACCAAGUCUGCUUCGUAUUCUCUACGAAUCUCGUCCAGGUAAACAGGUGUUUGGGUGGAAUGCCAUGUCACAUCAGAGAAAACUAUUUGGAGGAUAGCACAUAUUAGGAUCUGUUAUACACAUUAGGCUAAAAUUAUGGCAGCUGCCAGCCUAGGACCUGGGGGAGCAGGCAGUUCCAGAACCGCUAAUGGCUUCAAGGGGUCAUCUAGUUCUGUUGAUUGGCUGGGGAGGGAGAUGCUUGAAAUGAAAUUGAGGGACAAAGUGGACCAUGAUGAUGACCGAGAUAGUGAACCAGAUAUAAUUGAUGGUGUGGGUACUGAAGCAGGACAUGUAAUUAGGACGACUAUUGGUGGUCGAAAUGGUCAAGCUAGGCAGAUAAUCAGUUACAUAGCAGAACAUGUGGUUGGAACUGGUUCUUUUGGUGUUGUCUUCCAGGCAAAAUGCAGAGAAACUGGAGAAAUUGUGGCUAUCAAAAAGGUUCUGCAAGACAAGCGUUACAAGAAUAGGGAGUUACAGAUAAUGCAAAUGUUGGACCAUCCUAAUGUUGUUGGACUUAAGCAUUCCUUCUUUUCAACAACAGACAAAGAAGAGCUGUACCUCAAUCUGGUCCUUGAAUUCGUGCCUGAAACUGUUAAUCGUAUUGCUAGGCAAUACAGCAGGAUGAACCAACGGAUGCCCUUAAUAUAUGUUAAACUUUAUACCUAUCAGAUAUGCAGGGCACUUUCUUAUAUUCAUAACUGUAUUGGUAUUUGUCACCGUGACAUCAAGCCUCAGAAUUUACUUGUGAAUCCACACACACAUCAGCUGAAACUAUGUGAUUUUGGAAGUGCCAAAGUUUUGGUGAAAGGAGAACCAAAUGUUUCCUACAUCUGUUCAAGAUACUAUCGUGCUCCUGAACUCAUUUUUGGUGCCACUGAAUAUACAACUGCUAUAGACAUAUGGUCUACAGGUUGUGUGAUGGCUGAAUUACUUCUUGGCCAGCCGUUGUUUCCUGGAGAGAGUGGAGUUGAUCAAUUGGUUGAAAUUAUCAAGGUUUUGGGAACACCUACAAGAGAGGAGAUAAAAUGCAUGAAUCCAAACUAUACUGAGUUUAAGUUUCCACAGAUAAAGCCUCAUCCAUGGCACAAGGUCUUCCAGAAACGUUUACCUCCAGAAGCAGUGGACUUGGUUUGUAGGUUUUUUCAGUACUCCCCCAAUUUGCGAUGCACUGCUUUGGAUGCUUGCAUUCACCCUUUCUUCGAUGAAUUGAGGGACCCGAACACCCGCCUUCCUAAUGGUCGUCCUCUUCCUCCGCUUUUUAAUUUCAAACCCGCAGAACUCCAAGGAAUUUCUCCUGAAAUUCUCCAUCGGCUUAUUCCAGAGCAUGCUCGAAAGCAGAACUUAUUCAUGGCUCUGAAUACCUAGUGACAGGUUGGUAUAGGUCCUCUCUGUUGUUCCUGCUCCAGUUUCCUCUUGUAUGACAGCCGAAAAUUCUGUUGCCAAAAUUGUUGUAUACCGACUUUCAGUUCCUGUACAAGUGUUACAGGGAUUUCUCAGGACAAUGUGGUAGAUCAGAGGCUACGAUACUGAGUGUUAGUAAUGCUGUUCUUUGUUAUUUUGUCCGGAAAACUGUACCGAUCAUGUGCAUAUUUGUAUUUCUUCAAAUUUUCAUUCUAAAAAAAAUCUCCUCAUGCCCGAAUGCCGUGUUUGGUGGCUAAGAAAGUUUUGAAGUAAAAUCGCCAAAAUUUUUAUUCAUUUGGGACCUUGGGAUAAAAAAGCCUCCACCUGCCUCUGUCCCAGGGUUUUCUCAUCACCCAAAUGGAGGUCAUGUACGAGGGUGAUGGUAAUGAACAAAGAACCAAAGAUGCAAUGUGGUGUCAUUGUAUGUAGUAGCUUAGUGCUUUAUUGUUUACCAAAACCACGAGUAUGUUGGUGCUAUACAAGUUCUG